UGCACUCUUGUUUAUUUAUCUCUCUGCCUACCUGUAGAACAGUCGCUCGGCGUUCUUCUCUCGGCGACAGUAGUACUCCUUUAACAUUAAACCGCAGUACCGCGUUGCCUUGGUUACCGGAUGGUUCGCAGGUGAUCGUACUCGCAGCGCUCGAACAAAAAGAUCGAUCGAGUAAUGAUUACGGAGCGCACCGGCUGGUACUCGCUCUUGCAAGACUGCGAUUGUUAUUAACGGGUAAUAUGUAGGAAUAGUACCGCGGUUAGUGUGGAGUUCCUCUGGAUAGGCGAAGGGAUUUUCUCGGCGAACAUGCCGUUGGGGUUUCCCUCCGGAUCGAAUUGAUUUUCGCGUGUGAUCGAUCGAUUGUUGCGGUGGAAUUGUGAUGAUGAACGACGAACCGGAAAGUCCGACGGCGAUGAAUUCUCUGAGUUCUUUGGACUUUUGGGAUUAUUCCAUCGAGUUGGAAUGUCUUCAAGGAAACGAAGACCUGCAUUUAGCAGCGGAAUUGGGUAAAACUCUGUUAGAAAGGAACCGGGAAUUGGAAACCGCCCUGAAGCAGCACCAGAAUGUCAUCGAAGACCAAGCUCAAGAAAUUGAGUAUCUCACCAAACAAACCGUCGCCCUUCGAGAAGUCAACGACUCCAGGCUCCGGAUAUACGAACAACUGGAAGUCAGCAUUCAAGAUUUAGAAAGGGCCAACCAUCGACUGGUACUCGAAAAUGCCGCGGAAAAGAAAACAAUUAAAAAUUUAAACCUGAACGUAGACACUCUAGAAACGAAAGUAGAAGAACUCCAAACCACGAUCGACGAUUUAAAGAUACAAUUGGACACGCUCAAACGAAAAUCCCAAAAGCCCUCUAGCAAAGACGACCCCUCAACGCCCUCGCCCCGCUCCACUCUACCACCAGACGAAGUAGAUAGUUCAAAACCAUCGACACAACACAAUGAAGAACGUGUCGACUCACUCAACUCUCUCACGUCGAACACCUCGAAGCACUCCGACGCCGUUCCUCAGCGAAGCGAAGAGGACAUGGAGCAGAUCGCGCAGCUCCUCGCGCAGCUGAGCAAGGCGAGAUCCCAAUGCGGCAGGGACGAGAGGCGCAUCGCCGAGCUGGAGGAGCAGCUGGCCACGCUGGUGCAGCAAAACCAGGCGCUCGAGAACCAGGUCGUCCAGCUGGCGCACAAGGACGACGACCUCAACAUGAAGAGCAUCCACGAGGAGCUCACCACAUUGGAGGAAGUCAGGAAAGGGCAGCUGUGCAGCAGGUGCUUGCGGAGCGCCGAGCAAAACGACGACGAGGCGAUGGAGAACGACGACUCCAGCAUGACGGAGUCGCUGAUGACGCCGCAAUUCCAUUCUUCGUUCUCGAUGGACGUGCAGGCGUACCCCCAAUCGACGCAGACGCAAACCAAAAAGAAUAACCCUUACAAAAAGCUGGUCGAAAAAUACGAGGCGCUCGUCGAAAUCCACAGCAAAUCCGCGAAAACGACGCCGCUGACUCGACACGAAGACAUGCAAAUCUCCGGCGAAUUCACCAGCACCAGCACCAAGGACACCGACGAGGAGAGCGGCCACGGCGACAGCCUCCAGCACAAGAAGACGAGGAAAACGUUCUCCACCCCGACGGACUUCUCCGAGGCGGAGACCAGCUCGUCCGGCUUCCAGGAGGAAACCAGCAACAAAGCCACGCAAACCGAAGGGCGGGUGGGCGCCUUCCUGUGCACCAUCGCCGACGGCGACGACUGCAAGUUCAGCAUCUACGACGACGGCGGCCCGAUCGAAUCCAGGUUCAGAGACAGGCCGGAGUACCGCGACCUCUUCAAAGAGAUCUUCAACGUCCUCAAAAAAGCCGCCGAAAACAAAGAGGAGGAAGACAAUCUACCCCUCCUCGACGAUUACGCGCCGAUCAAACUAACCCCCAAAGUUCCCCCCGUGACGCCAUCCAACGACCAGCUCCCCGACUUUCCAGACGACGACAGCCAGAGCGUCGUGUCCUCCACCAUGUCCGAACUAUCCACGUCCCAAAACGAGCCCACCACCAUCAUCGAGAACAUCAUACAGUCCCAGAACCAGCCGAUCCCCGACGCGCAGCGCUCCGGCGAGCAGAGGCUCCUGCGGCCGCUCGUCAAGCCGCCCCUGGACUACAUGGGCAGCGAGUCCAGGAAGCGAUCGUCGUCCAAGCGCAAGAACAAGUACGUGGAGCGAUCGGACUCGCCGGUGACGCACAUCAUCGGCAGCCCGAAGAUCUACCACUCGAGCAGGCCGAACUCGGGGAGGCGCCGCAGGGAGAAGUCGGGCAACAGGAGCCAGGAGGCGGUCGAUCCGGCGUCGUGCUGGAACGGCAACACGCUGCAAUUCUACUCGAAUAGGAACUUGGCCUCGCCGACGCCCAGCCAGGGCAGCGUGAAGUACGAGUUCAAGCCGAGCACCGCCUCGCAGGACUUGAACAAGCUGAAGAAAUUGGAUCUCUCCUACGCGGAGGUGUUGAGGAACGCGGAUUCGAAGAAGCGCGAACGGGAGAUGUUUAGGCAGAGAAGGAAGUAAUUUUUUUUUACUGAGGAUGAGGAAUUUUUAAAUGCCACGUUUGUAUGUUUUUUGUUUGCAACUGAUUACGAUUGAGAUUAUUGUAAAAUACGUAAGAUAUGUGGAAAUGAAAGUUUAUACAUACAAUGGUAAUAUUUAUUAGUAUUAAUGUAUAUAAAGGAUUCAAAAUUCAAUACUUUUCGAUUAAAUUAGGUGGAAAUUAUGCAGCAAACAUUGCUUCGACGAUGAAAUCGAUUUUAUCCAAUUUUUCUGUAUUAAAAAAAAUGUAUUUCGAUUGUGCCAACGUUUUAGCUAUAAAACUACUUAUGUAUGUAUUAAUUGUAUAAUGUGUUCCAAGAGUAACAACUUAAUUUUAAGUUCGUUCAAAAAUUACAUUUUGUAGGAACACUACGUAGUUAUAAUAACUAAAAUGUGUUAAUGGUUUUUUUAGUAUCAAAAAUUUUCAAAUACUUCUGUAUCGACAAGUUUACAAUUCGCAAUUUGUAUCACAAAAGAUAAAUCAUUGAAAUCACACAUUAUUUAUUUCCUUAAACUUUUCUUAGGGCGUUAUGUAUAAUGUCUUAUGUAUACAAAUUGGAGAAUCAUCUAAACUUGUAUGUGGAUGUAUAAAUUAUACAAUUGUGAUUAUGUUAGAGUGAAAUAAAAGUCAAAUUAUAUCGUUUUCUAACAUAGCCAUCGACUUAUUCAUUUGAACUAAUAAAUAAAUUGUGAAUCUACAAACAAAAACUUGGAUGGUUUUUAAACGGAUUUGUUUAUUAACCAAAAUAAACCGUAAUUAUACACAAAUGCGGAUUACAUAAGGCUAUUUUAUAAUCAUAAAAAUAGAAACCUCUGAGAGGGUUCAUAACUAAACUCAAACGGUGUAUGCAAGACAUAAAAAAACUUACUCAUUUAAAUUAAAAUUUACAGAGAAAUAGAAAAACACGCAAUUAAUCAGAAUCAAUACAGUUAAAAAAAAAAAGGAAUUACAAGUGGAUUCGUCAUGGAGACAUCCUUAAAUUGCCUAUUCGUUAAAUAAAAACUACGAACAUUCCUAGAUUCUUCGAGACAUUACUUCCGAUGGAAAAGAACUUUAUGUAUAGUGCGAACGUCCGGUACCAAAGAAUCCUCAGGCGAACACGGCGGUACGACUGGCUUUUGUCUAGGCGCUACACUU